GAUUUAAACACAACUCCUAUACAGCCCUACCCUAAUACUACAAAAAUACAACGAAAACAUACCUUUACCACAUAUAAAGAUCAGAUUUCAAAAAACUUAAUGGAUGCUACACCCAAUCUACAACAAAAAUUAUGGCAAAUCUACAGAUCUCUCUAUAGAAAAACAACGUUAAACGUGAAUAUAAACAUACAGCCUAAUAGCACGAACCCAACAUACAACCCUAUAGCCUGCUGGACAAUAACCAAGUUUUAG